CGCACGAGGGAGGGCCGCCGCCCGGACGGCGCGUGCGCGCGGACUCGGUUCCGAGCCCCCGGGGGAGGGGCCGUACUUUCCCCUACCGGCCGCGGGUAGUGAGCCGGCCGCGCCUGCGCCUCGCGUCCGACCCCGACCCCUGCUCAGAGAAGCACCAUGGAAGCCGAGGACCUGCAGGAGGACCUGACCUGCUCUAUCUGCCUGGACUAUUUCGACGACCCGGUGUCCAUCGAGUGUGGCCACAACUUCUGCCGCGGCUGCCUGCACCGCAGCUGGGCGCCGGGCGGCGGCUCGUUCCCCUGCCCCGAGUGCCGGCAGCCGUCGCCGCUCGCUGCGCUGCGGCCCAACUGGGCCCUGGCCCGGCUGACGGAGAGGAUGAGGCUCCGGCGCCAGGGCCGCGUGCCCCCCAGCCAGUGCGACCGCCACCGGGAAGCGCUGCGGCUCUUCUGCGAGGACGACCAGCGGCCCGUGUGCUUGGUGUGCAGGGAGUCCCGGGAGCACCAGGCGCACACCAUGACACCCAUCGACGAGGCCUUCUACAGCUACCGGGAGAAGCUUCUAAAGGCUCAGUGUAGUCUGAAGGACAAGAUGAAGAAAGCCAUAUACUUUCAGGACAUGGAAGUGAAGAAUGCUACCGAGUGGAAGGAGAAGAUGAAGAAUCAGCGAAUAAGAUUCAGUGCAGAGUUUGCAAAGCUGCACCGAUUUUUGGAGGAGGAAGAAAAACUGUUUCUUCAGAGCCUGAGCGAAGAAGAAGAAGAGCUGAAGAAGAAACAGAAUGAGAACACUUUAAAGCUCCACCAGAAGAUCACUUCCUUGAAGCAGCUCAUCUCAGAGGUCCGGGAGAAGAGCGAGAGCCCCACCCUGGAGCUGCUUCAGAAUCCAAAGGAUGUGUUGACCAGGAGUGACAGCCAGGAUGUGAACUAUUCUCCUGAAAUUCUAACGAUGAAGACUGUAUGCCAGAUACCGAUGAUGAAGGAAAUGCUGAAGCGAUUCCAAGUGGCUGUAAGUGUGGUUGAAGACACGGCUCAUCCCAAGCUUGUCUUUUCCCAAGGUGGGAGAUAUGUGAAAAAUGGAGCAUCAGCCAGUUCUUGGCCGUUGUUUUCCUCAGCAUGGAGCUACGUUAGUGGAUGGAGGAACUCUCAGAACACACAGUUUGUGGGAAGAUUUCAGCACUUACCCUGUGUUUUGGGAAAAAACAUUUUCACUUCAGGGAAACAUUACUGGGAAGUUGAGAACCGAGAUAGCCUGGAGAUUGCCGUGGGGGUGUGUCGGGGGGACGUCAUGGGGCUUGCUGAUGGUUCAGAAAUGUGCCCCCACAUGGGCAUUUGGGCCCUCAGUUGGGGUUCCACUGGCUAUCGGCCCCUGACCAGCUCUCCUGUAAGUCCCACCAAGCAAGAGCCUGCUCUUCAGCGGGUGGGAGUUUUCCUAGAUUCUGAUGCUGGGGACAUCUCCUUCUACAGUGCUGUGGAUGGCACACAUCUACACACCUUCUCUUGUCCUCUCGCCUCCCGCCUCCGGCCGUUUUUUUGGUUGAGUCCAUUAGCAUCUUUAGUCAUCCCGGCAGUGACGGCUAGGAAAUGAGGCUGUUCUUCCCCGGCCCAGGGACGUGCAUCCCUGGGCCCCCUUCCCUCACUUCAUGCAUGCUGGUCCAGGUAGCACAUCCGUACCGUCCAUGCAGAUUUCAGUUUCACGUUUUGUUCGGCUCCCUGCGCAUGCUGUGCACAGACAGGGAUGGCAGACCCCGUUGGGUGCCUUUCCAGCAGCCACUUGUUCCACUUCCCUCCUUCUCUUCUGGUCCUUCCUAAAGGAACUGUGCAGUGAGCACCCUCCCUGCACUUCAGAAGAGGCAGACCCAUGUGAGGCAGUGCUGGCCAGUGAGCUGGGGUGAGACAUUUUCUCAGGUGCUUCUGGGGAAAGAUUCUGUAGCUUUAAAAAAGAGGUGUUUGAGGAGACAAAGCCCCUCUUCUGAUGUUAGCAGCUGUCUUGGAACUGAGGAGAGCACAAUAACAGUGGAGAGGAAGAAGAAACAAGUCCUUCGUUGGCAUCGUUGGACUGUUGGAAUUUCCUUAAUCUGAAAUUUCCUAUUAUAGAAGAUGAUUGCUCCCUUACCCUAUAAGGCAAUUCAGGUUGCCUUUUGGUAUAGGAUUGUCUCACUUUCCCUGAAAUUGGACAUCUUUUGUGGACUCUCUUUCUGUUCAAUCAGGUAGUUCCUCUUCUCUCCAGGAAGUACUGAUAACCUCUCACUUUUCUGGACCAGAGAGGUGAGGAAAUCUUCCCUUAUUCUGCCUGCGCAGUUACUCCUCUUCACCUGACCAUGCCUGUGCCCUCAAGUGUUCAUUUUGUUAUCCGCCUGUCAGAUUCUUACAUUGUAUAUACAAGGUAUUAACGUCACGCCUAAAAUGUUGGGAGACACUUGCUAAGUACUCAGAUCGUGCUGCCGGCAUCCUUGGUAGUGCUCUCCUACGACUCCUGCAGAAGCUUGGUGGGAGAGGGAAAUUCAAAUCCUCUUUCUGCAAGUGAGAAAACAGAACUUUGGAGUAACUCAGUAAUGUGUAGCUGGCAGAUGGGAGUGCUGGGACUAAAUCCAGAUCUGUGUGAGCUAAAAGCCUGUGCUCUUUUCUAGUCUAUGUUUAUUUGUAAGCAUCUGUUGAAUGCUGAUUGUCGGUCAGCAUCACCUUUGUUUCAGGUUUUUUUUUUACAUGUUUUUAUCUGUAUAUAUACUUUCCCCCAUUUUACCUUCUCUAGAUUAUAAGCUCUCAGCGGAUUGUAACAGGUGCUGGGUAGUUAUUUUAAAAAUAAUGAUUGUUUUCUCUCUGGUUGUAAAAGUCAUGCACUUACAAUAGAAAAUUUGGAACAUACAAAAAGUGUAAAGAAGCUGGAAGUUAUUGAUAAUCUUACCACUUCUAACAUUGUAAUGUGUUUCCGCCCAGACUUUCAGUAAAGUUUCUGGCAGUGAUUUAACCAGGCUUCUUAUGAAACUUCCGGUAGCCUCCCUGACCCCUCCUCCUCUCCUAUGUCCCUGCCCAUCCUGGCUUGUCAUCUUCUUCAGCCUGAGCAACCCCCUCAUUCAGUGAUUUCUGGUGAGUUCUCCUUAACUUCCCAAGGUGCUUGCUGUCAGGAGUUGAACUGUGUCCUCCAAAAAGAUAUGAUGAAAUCCUGCCUGUGACAAUGACCUUAUUUGGAAAUUAAGAUAGGUCAUUAGGGUGGGCCCUAAUGCAAUAUGUCUGGCACCCUGAUAAUUAGAGGGCAAUCUGUGGAUAUACAUGGAAAUGCCAUGUGAAGACACAGAGGGAAGUUGGCUGUGGGAGAGACUGGAGUUAUGCUUCCACAAGCCAAAGAAUACCUGAGGCUGCUACAAGUUGGAAAAGGCAAGGAAGAACCCUUCCCUAGAAGCUUCCGAAGGAGCAUGGUCCUGCCAACACCUUGAUUUUAGACUUCCAGCCUCUAGAACUGUGAGAUAAUAAACUUCUGUUAUGUCAAGCCACCCAGUUUGUGGCUUGUUACAGAGUCUUAGGAAACCAGUACGCUUGUCCAUCAGGACUUCCUCCAGGAUCUGCCUUGCUCAUUUCCAGUCCUUGGGAAACUCAUCACUACCUUUCCUCCAGCCUCCUUUGGGGCUGUUGAGCCAGGUCGACUGGUUCUGUUACAGAGUCUUCCUCUCUAACUUCAGGUGGGUUCUUUGAGCUGCUUGGUGAACACACUUUUUAUUUUUUCAUCCCCUGACUUCCUUUUACAUCUCUGGUGGCAGUGAUUCCAAACCAUUUCCUCCUUUCUCAAGGCUUCAUGAGCCCACCUUCAUACUACUGUGGGGGAGGCAAACUUUACCCCUACCAGUCUUAGGUUUUCAGCUGGGACUCUAACAAAAAGUCAGGUUAAGAAGAGAAAAACAGUUUAUUAACACAUGCAGCACAAACCAUGCAGGAAAAACCUCAAAUGAGGAGUAACUCAAAGUGGAGGCUUAGAAUUCUGGCUUACGUAGUAUCUUUAACAAAGACCCAUACCCUUGUGGAGAAAUGACAGGACAAAGGAAAAACAGUCUUAGCCUUCCAAGGGUGGCAGACUGUGGGAAGGUAAAUGCAUGUGAGGAAACUAAUGGAGUAAAUGUUUGUUUGCAGGUUCCUGGUUGGUGUGGUUGCCAGCAAAAGGACAAUUUAUAUCCUGCCGUUUGGCAGAAAAGGGGGAGCUUUUUCUGGGUUUGCUGCUCUUAAUUGCCUUCAGCUCAAAAUGAUUUUUAUGUCAAAGAGACAUAUUUUGGGCUGACACAUUCUGGUUUCCUUCAUUAUUAUUAAAGAACCUGCAUCUUUUACUGAGAAAAAUACUCUUCUCUUACUCUACCUAUUUUAUUAACUUUCUUUUUCUUUCUUUCUUUUCUUUCUCUCUUUCUUUCUUUCUUUCUUUCUUUCUUUUCUUUUUCUUUUUUUUUCUUUUUCUUUUUCUUUUUUUUUGCUUCUUGGGAGUCUUGAUAUUGGCCCCUCUCAGGAAUGGGAUGGGACACAGGUAUCAUAUUUACUAAAAAUGAAAUAAACUCUUACGAUGCUUCUGAUAUACAAACAGGAUUGAGAAUGAGCUUGUAAUAGUUUUCAGUGUUACUUAGGGAUUUCUUUGAGUCUUUACUAUGUUAAUACAUUAUGACUUACUGGAAGAGGUACUUAUUACACAGGAUUUCUCAAGCUUAUUUCACUACAGAAACUAGCUCAGGGAGCAGCAACUGAGACUUCCCAGAAUACAGUUUGGCAACGACUAUUUAUCCUACACUUUCUCCAGAUGAUCUUGACUAUCUCCGAUUUCAACCCACACAGUAGGUAUGCUGUGUGACCAUGGAUAAGGCUCUGCUAACAUCUCCCCUGGAAACUAGGCUCUUGUUAUGUAAAGCAUUCUGGGCACAUUUUUCAAUGAUUUCUAUUCCUUCUCCUGCCAGAGCCAGGAGGGCAUCUUUCUCAACUUUUCAUCCUAAGAAUUUGGUGGGGUUCCUGGAGGUAAACCCACGAAUAUAUGCUCUCCACCCCUUCAACACUGCAGCUCCCAGAAAUUUCUUACCCUUAAGCUAGCCCACACUCAACCUCCAGCAAGUCAUCAAAAUUAUUAUUUCAGUAUUCCUACAAGUUUAUGGUUCCAGUGGAUUUUGCUUCAGGUAAGGAGAUCUCAGCUUUGACUCUGGAUUUGCCUGUCUAUUCAGACCUUGGGGUAGCAGUUUGCCAUGCAACCUCAGUUCUCUGGUGGGUCCAAGGAAAGCCAUUGAUUUCCAGUUUUCUUAUCUUUUUCUUGUAAGGAUAUGAGUUAUGACUUGUAGAAGCUGAAGCUGCAAGUCUAUCAGAAUAGGCUUCUUGUAGACCUCUGUUGUGGUUGUGUCCAUUUUUCUAAGGGGUCUUAGCUGGUAAAACAUUUCUGGGUAUAUUUGUGAAGGUGUUUCCAGGAAAGAUUAAUUAACAUUUGAACUGAUAGACUGAGUAAAAAAGAUCCUUUUCACUGAAGUGGGUAGACAUCAUCCAAUCAAUUGAGAGCCUGAAUAGAACAAAAAGGCAGCAGAAGGGCAAGUUGGUCCUCUGCUUGAGAUGGGACAUCCAUCUUCUGCCCUGGGACAUUGGUACUCCUGGUUCUUGGUCCUUCAGACUUGGACUUGGACUUAGACCAUUGCCACCCAAUUUUUGAGCCUUUGGACCCCAACUGGAACUUACACCAUUAGUUUCCCUAGUUUCAGGUCUUUGGACUCGGACUGAGUUAUACCACCAGCUUCCCUGGUUCUCUAGCUUGCAAACAGCAGACUGUGGAACUUCUUGGCCUCCAUGAUCAUGUGAACCAAUGGCCAUUGAUCCAUCCUAUUGGUUCUGUUUUUCUGGAGAACUACUGGCUUUUUUUUUUCUCCUUUAAAUCAUCUAGUUUUUCCAUUCUUAAUUGUUAAACUAUUCACCUUCAAAGUUACUGUUUCUGGGGUACCUGCACCCUGAUAUUUAUAGCAGCAUUAUCAACAAUAGGCAAACUAUGGAGUGAGCCCAAUGUCUAGUGACUGAUGAAUGGAUAAAGAAGAUGUGGGGUGUGCAUGCAAAGCUGUCUGGGCCAAAGGAAUAAAGAAUAUUAUUCUAUACCAUACCCAUUUGUUGUUUAAAAAACAUACUGAGGAUGCAGAUUCACCAAACAAGCUCUAUAUAUUAUUUACCUGCGUACCUGUCAUGACUUUCAAAAAUCUACAGUUAAUGUGGAUGAGAGCUAACCUCUGAUUGUCAGAUAAAGGUAUAAAACUGCAAAAAAAAAAAGUUACUGUUUGAUAUAAUUGGA